AUGUCUCCGAAAAAACACAACAAAAGAGAAAUAGUAAAGCCCAGCGCUCCUCUUUGCGAUCAAGAGGACAAUAUUCAACUACAGAAGAUGUGCUUGGAAGAAAUGGAUGAGAAAAAUCUCAGGGAGAAUCACAACACGACACCCGCCCCAGCCAGAGUACAUCUAUUACGUCUGGCAAAGUUUUUUGAACAACGAGCGGAGAUUAUGUGCCUGAGAGAAGAAUAUGAGAGAAGGACUGCUGAAGUACAUAGAUUGUUCAGCCAGCUUGUUGAAAAGGAAGAUAUUCAAAAGGAGAAAGAAAUGGAAGUCCUAGACAUGCGCGGAAGGAUCUUUGAGCUCCAAGCAAAGCUUAAUAAAGCUCAAGAAAAACCAACAGAAGAAGUCCUCCAACAGAAGAAAAACGAGCAGGACAAGGACAAAAAGAUUCAGGAGCUGCAAGUAAAGCUUGACGAAGCUUUGCAAAAAAAUAAAGAAAUCCUCCAAGAGAAGAAACAACUGGUCAUAAAACUCCAAGGCACAGAGAUAAAUCACAAAGUGCUGAAAGGAAGGGUUGAGUUUCUUCAAAAGAAAGGGCAACAGACCAUGAAACAGGAAGAUACGGAUUGCAAGCUUCAGGACAUGGAGAAACACAACAAAGGCUUGCAAAUAAAGCUCGAUGAAGCUCUGCAAAAAAAUAAAGAACUCCUCCAAGAAAAAGAGCAAAUGGACGUAAAGCAGCGCAAACUCCAAGGCAUGGAGGAAAAGUACAAAGCGCUUCAGGCAAGGCAUGAUAAAACACUGAACAAGAAUAAAGAGUUGCUUCAAGAAAAAAAGCAACAAGAAAUUAAACAGAAAGAAAUGGACUGCAAGCUUGAAGACGUGGAGGAAAAAUACACAGCGCUGAAAAUAAAGUUCGAUAAAACAGUGCAAAGAAAUAAGGAUUUCAAACAAGAGAAAGAACAGCAAGAUAUGAAAGAGAAAGAUCUGGAUUGCAACCUUCAGAACAUCAAGAAACACAACAAAGGUUUGCAAGUAAUGCUUGAUGAAGCUCUGCAAAAAAAAUAAAGAAAUCCUUGAAGAGAAAGAAAAGCUGGACAUAAAGCAGAGAGACAUGCAGUGCCAACUCCAAGGCAUGCAGGAAAAAUACGGAGCGCAGCAGGUAAAGCUUGAUGAAACACUGCAGAAAUAUCAAGAGCUGCUUCAAGACAAAGAAC